AGUUUUCCCAUUUCCGAUCGAUUUUAGCAAGAUGAAGUUGAACAAAAAUGUUUCCUCGUCGCGUCGUAAGAGCCGCAAGCGGCACUUCCAGGCCCCGUCGCACAUCCGUAGGAAGUUGAUGUCAGCACCACUAUCCAAGGAACUGCGACAGAAGUACACCGUCCGUUCGAUGCCAAUCCGCAAGGACGACGAAGUGCAGGUUGUGCGUGGCCACUACAAGGGUAACCAGGUCGGUAAGGUCGUGCAGGUGUACCGCAAGAAGUUCGUCGUGUACAUCGAACGGAUCCAGCGCGAGAAGGCAAACGGCACGAACGUGUACGUCGGUGUGCACCCGUCCAAGUGCCUGAUCGUGAAGCUGAAGAUGGACAAGGAUCGUAAGAAGAUUCUGGACCGUCGUGCCGCUGGACGUCGGGCAGCUCUGUCCAAGGAGAAGGGCAAGUACACCGAGGAAACGGCCGCUGCUUCUGCGAUGGAAACCAGCUCGUAAGCUCCCCGGUGCUUCCGCGCCUCGUUCUUUGCUAACACUACCCUACAGAAUAAGAAAAGUUCAUUUAAUUCCUACAAUGCAAUGGGAGUGGAUCUUCAGGCUGUUGUUGCAUUCUUAUGGAGGUAAACAAAAACCAACAAAUAAAUUGUAAGAGAGGAUAAUCCUGGAA